AUGGCCGCCAUGCCCCCUGCGACCAUUUACCCUCAGAGCCAUGUUGGGUUCGACAGCAUCACCUCUCAGAUUGAGAGGAAGCUGCUUAAACGUGGAUUCCAGUUCAACGUUAUCUGUGUUGGACAAACCGGGUUGGGAAAGUCGACUUUGAUCAACACCAUCUUCGCCUCGCACCUCAUUGAAUCGAAAGGCAGACUCAAUCCUGAGGAGGUCAUCCGCUCGACCACCGAGAUUCAGUCAGUUUCGCACAUCAUCGAGGAGAAUGGGGUGCGCCUGAGACUCAACAUCGUCGACACCCCGGGCUAUGGCGAUCUGAUCAACAACGACCGAUGCUGGGAUCCCAUCGUCAAGUAUAUCAAGGACCAGCACUCGGCUUACCUGCGGAAGGAGCUCACCGCCCAGCGGGAGCGGUAUAUCCAGGAUACUCGCAUUCACUGCUGUCUCUUCUUCAUUCAGCCUUCAGGCCACUCGCUUAAGCCGAUCGACAUUGUCGUGCUGAAGAAGCUGUCAGACGUCGUAAACGUGGUGCCCGUCAUUGCCAAGGCCGACUCGCUCACUAUGGAGGAGCGACAGGCAUUCAAGGAGCGCAUCAAAGAGGAAUUUGCCUUCCAUAACCUGAAGAUGUAUCCCUACGACAACGACGAGCUCGACGAGGACGAGCGGGUCGCCAACAGCCAAAUCAAGGCUUUGAUCCCUUUCGCUGUUGUGGGUUCCGAGAAGUCGAUCAUUGUCAAUGGCAAGCAGGUUCGCGGCCGCCAAAACAGGUGGGGCGUGAUCAACGUCGAGGACGAGAACCACUGCGAAUUCGUCUACCUCCGGAAUUUCCUCCUCCGCACACACCUCCAAGACCUCAUUGAGACGACGUCUCAGAUCCACUACGAGACGUUCCGCGCCAAGCAGCUUUUGGCCCUGAAGGAAGGCAGCGCCCAGGGUCACGGCAGCCGACCCAUCAGCCCGUCAGCAGACCGCGAGAUGAGCCGCAGCUCGCAACGGAUGACGAUGAACGGUUACUAA